AUGAUGUUCCACGCCGACCCCUUCCCUGAAGUCUCGCUUCCCAAGUUCUCCCUCCGCCGCGCCAUGAACUCGCAUCGCGGAUCGUCACAAACAAGCAGUUUGCUGGGAUCGAGGAAGUCUUCCAUGUCUGAAUCGCGCAAAGGAUCGAUAUUCACACGGUCGGCUCGUUCGAGCAUUUCCGAAGAGAGAAUGCAGUCGAAGAUGCAGGCUUCUCGGUGA